UUAAAAUGGAUCUAGGCAGAGAAAAUGAUGGCCUAAAGCUGCCAGAGCUUGAGAGCCAGAACAAACAUAGCCAGAACUACAGAAAUAAAAGGGCUAAAAUGCCAGCCAUCGAAGUUGAAUCUUUGAAUUCAGAGAAUUCUCCAUUUAAAGCACAACAUAAUGUAGAGUCUAAAAAUAGGAGUUUGAAAUAUUCGAAAUCAGGGCCACUGAACAUAAAGACAUCUGGAACCUUUGCUAGAAUUAGUACUGAGAGGAAGCCUAUGAAUACAUUUAGAGGUAUCAAAAUACCUGCAAAAAGACUCAGAGCAAUAUAAUCUGCAAAAGAACUCCUCGCAGAAGGAAAAUUAAGAUCAAUAAGUUAUAAGUGAAUAUAAGCAUCCGAUGGGAAAAUGGGCACACUUAUAGCCUACUGCAGCCCAAAACCCGGAAUGAAUAAGUAUUUAUCGAAAAUUGUUCGGAACCUUCAUAAAAUAGACAAAGAUGAGUAGUACCUCUUUAGUGGAAUGAUGCCAUAAUUAUAAACAGCACUUCAGAUUAUCCAAUUGUUGGAUGUAAUGGCUCUCAGAGCCAGUGAAAAUAGGAAUAU